AAACCUUCCUGAUGCCUCGCGCCCGAUAGUGCCAUUCUUGUCUAUUUCCCCCCCCCACCCCCAUCCCCCCCCACAAAAAUACCCACCACGCCCCACGCCCGAGAAGGUAUUGUAAUCCCCUGGGGGCGUGACCUCCUCCUCCUCUUCCUCCUUUUCCUUUUCCCUCUUCCUCCUCCUCCCCCCUACCCCCUCCCCCUCCCUCGAAAUUCAGUCACCCUCACCAAUCAUCGCCCUCUUCCUCCCCCUCCUCUACCCCUCUUACCACCACCACCAUGGCGACCCCUCCCGACUCCCCCGACUAUGGCGACUUCAUGAUGACUUUUGGAAUGUCCAGAGGGCGUUGUACAAGAAGAUACGUUUAAGGAAAUAUACGCCAAAUUCUUCCCACACGGAAACUCCAGUUUGUAUGCGCAUCAUGUAUUUAAGGCCUUCGACUUGAACAGCAAUGGCCAGAUUAGUUUUAGGGAUGCCGGAGAUGGGCUAGGAGCAGUGACGAAUGCAGGGGUUGAGGACAAACAGACGAGGGAGCACGUCGAGCGGCUCUUCAAGAAGUUGGACCUCAACGGAGAUGGUGUCGUGACCAUCGACGAAUUCAUCCAGUCCUGUAUGCAGGAUGAAGCGAUCACGGAGUCGUUAAAAGUCUUCGAGGGACUGUAGUGUUCAGACGAGGAUGAAGUAAGUACUGCUUCUACAGAGAAGGACGAUAGAAAAGAAGAGAAGAGGAAGGAAGCAGAGAAAAGAGACGACAACCAGGAAAUAGAAGAGGACCUGCUGGCCAUCAAGGUCGCGUCGCCCG